AUGUCAAAUCACGCUUACGACAAUGAAGAUCAAAAACCACUGGAAAUGACGAUCAAGCCCACUUGGCCACCUGUCUUUCCACUUUGCGCAAAUGAUCGGCAAGCUUGGACAUUACAAGCCAAAGCCGGUGGGUUAGGUACUGGUACAGCUAAAAGUGAUCAUAGUAUGACAGAGGAUACUCAGGAAUUAAUGUAUUUAAAAGGAGAUCGGAUUACAAUCUUAAUUCCAAUGUUAAAUGCCUGUUCCAAUUCCAAUUCCGAUCCGAAUCCAGAGAAAUUCACCUUUUUAGGAUUCUGUGAAGGUCAAAUUGGUUUUGUUUCGAUCCAAAACUUAAGAUUCCAAUCGCCUAUCAGAAACAAUCCGGCUUAUUUACAAGAAUUGUUCAAUAAUCUAGAACAACCAGCAAUCAACCCAAAUAAACCAAUCACUGAAAAAUCAUACAGCGAUCAUCUUAGAGAAUUGGAUUUCGAGUCGGUUGAAGGACAGAAUCCAGGCACCAACAGUUCAUUUAAAGAUGUUUCUAAACGCAAUUCUGUGCAUAUCAAAUCAUCGAAUCCCAAUCGAAUGUCACGAAGACGACAAUUAUCUUCAGCCUCAUCUUGUUCCACUGGUGUCACUGGCGUAACUGAUUUAAGUAGUCAAGAUUCUUCAAUCUUACCACCACCAUUACCACCACCACCAUCUUUACCUUUACCCAAGAGAAAAUCAUCAAUCUCGACAAGUCCACCAUUCUUAAAACAAAUUCCAUCUGCAUAUCCGAAUACCGAAACUAAUAAUAAUUCCAGUAGAAUGAGAAAGAUAUCUAUGAAUAGUACAGGUAAAUCUGAAGAUUUAAAUCAUUCAUCACCACGUCACUCUAUCAUCAAUCAAUCUUCAAACCGUGAACUCUCGACCAAAUCGUCAUUCACUUUACCUAAACGUAACAAAGCUGAAAAAGCCAAACAAAAACGAAAUCCAUCUCGAUCCAAAUCCGUUCAAAUCUCAGCUCCUACUUUAACUUGUCAUACUAAUCCAAUGAUAGAAUCUAGUACUGGUAUCGCCGCCACGCCUCAUCGGGAAUUGAUCGCCAAACCUAGUCAUUUAUCUUUGUCAGCUAAAGAUAAUGGAAUUCAAGAUAACCUCACAGAAGAAUUGACUCUCUUAGCUUCUAAUUGUAAUCAAAGCACUAGUCCCUUAUCUACUGUAGUAACUACUUCGAUCCCAUUAAGACCUGAUGAUAUUGUGACAUCUAAUCUAACAUCACCUGCAAGAUCUCAUUCUUUCCAAUCGUCGGCUUCAUCUGAACGGCAAAAGAAAUCAUCAAAAGAACCUAGAGUUUUAGAUUAUGGACCAGAAGAGAUCAUCACCAUCAAAGGCGGAUCAGCAUUCGAAUUAGUUAAACCUCAUACAAUCAAUAGGAGGAAAUCGAAAACUAAUCUGUUGGAUCAAGAUGAGAUGAUCUUAGCUAAAUUUGAAGUAGAAGUAGAAAAAUUCGCGGAUGAAUUUGAACAAGAUAUGGAAAGAGCAGUGGAAGUUUCAUAUCCAUCUAUGAAUCAGAAAGAUGUCACGAUUUUGAAUCAUGAAGAUAAUCAUGAUCUUGAUCCACAUCCAGAUGAAUCGAUUCUAGAAGAUGGAGAAAGUUAUCGAAUCAAAGAACAAAAAUGGGUACAAGUUUUAAAUUCGACUUCUAAUAAAAAAGAUAAUAAGAAGAUCAAAAAAUUAAUUAAGAAUGGUUUACCUAAAUCUUUAAGAGGUAGGAUUUGGGGUUAUUUAUUAAAUUUGAAUUCACAAUUAAAAGUUCAAGGUUUAUUUGAAAAGGUGACAGGUUUGAUUGAUGAUGAACUUGAUGAUGAAGUCUUAAUUGAUUCUGAUCUAGAAAAGAUUUGUCGUCAAUUCGAUUUUCAUCAUUUUUCUCAACAUGAUUCAACUGGAAUUUCAGAUUUAAAAACAUUAAUUAAAACCACUAGAACCUAUUCAAAACUAUAUUUACCAUUUGAUGGCUCUUUAGAUUUUGAUUUAUCUUUAGUUGGUGGUUUAUUAUUGAUUCAAUCUCCAUUAGAAGAAGCCUUUUGGAAUUUAUUAGGAAUUGCUACGAUUGGAUUUCCUAACCUUUGGAAUCAAAGUGGAUUUUUACUUGUAUGUGAUCGAUUCACUAAGAUUUUAGAAGAGAUUGAUGUGGUGUUAUUUAAUCAUUUGCUUUUUGUUUGGCUUGGUUGUUUUCUUUAG